UUUUUUUUUGAAAUUUCGGUAAAAUGAUUAAGAAUCCAAUUUGCGAACCGUUUACAAAUUUGCCUGUCCGAGUCGAUAUUGAGAAACUGGCGGCCGAAUUUAAGCCCAAGGAUAAGGAAAAAGAUGUCGAAAAAUCGAAAAGUCCGCGUGAUUUUCUCAAUAUUCCCGACCACAAAUGGGUUGUUUUGCCCAUGUUCCGAUAUCAUUUGGAUCAUUUAAGGCCGUUUCUCUCAUUACGCACCAAUCCAUAUAUGCGCUGCCGUUACGUCAAGUUUCUAAACAAUGUUCCGGAUAACUAUGUAAACGUUACUCUAUUCGGUUCAAACAUUAACAAUCAGCCAAAGCCAAGAAGAAAAUCGCUAAAUGGUCAAUUUUACGGUGUCGACUAUAAAUUGGCGCCAAUACCUGUUUCAGAGGAUCCACGUAAUUACGCGGGCUCAACUUUGGUCAAAUCAAAACAGACUGUUCCAAAAUCUUAAAUUUGCCGCGCAAC